CCAUAUGUUAGACGGUUUAUUUUGAAUUACCUGUUUGCAAGGCAUGAAAUUUCUCACUAAAAUUUAGGUGCCUGCCUGCGUAUCAUUCAUCAGAGUCUGCAGAGUAUCAGUGUAUGUUUUUAGGAGGUCCUUUUCUCGUCGCGUUAAAAUCGGUCUACUUUGGAAAUUCUGGGGCAGAGGUGAAGAGAGGGAGCUGUUGUUACUGUUCGGACAGCCGGGCGUGACCGAAAGAGGAGAAGAAAGUAGAGAGAGAGAGAGAGAGAGAGAGAGAGAGGUUGGUGGUGUUGGGCUUCGAUUUCCAGCUGUUUGAUUGAAUGCAUGAAUGGGGUUUAAGAAGAGGAGUUCUUCUACUACAGCCAAUGCUUCUCCAUGUGCUCAUCUCAGAGCUGCAUACAAUGACUGCUUUAACAGGUGGUACGCUGAGAAGUUCACCAAGGGUCAGUGGGACAAAGAGGAAUGUAUCUCUGAGUGGGACAAAUACAGAGCUUGCCUUAUUCAACAUUUGGAAGAUAAACAACUGAGCCGUUUGUUGUUGGAGGAUGCUGUUGUGUAUUCUAGCAAAGACAACUCUGGCCAUCCAGUGAAUGCAGAUGGUGUUUCCCAGUAAAUAAGUUUCAUCUUCUCCAGUUUUAUUUGCUAUGCAAAAUAGGCUGCAAAAUCUACAGUCUAUGGAUUUUGAUCUAUUCGGACUACCGAAAUCUAUUCAUUUAGAUACAGAUGAUGGCUUUUCAAGAAUGAGGAAACUUAAAAGUGAUGUGAUGAUGUUGUGUUGCCCAUCUGAUGGCUUUCUUAUGAAAAAAUAGAAAACUUAAUGACAUUGUUUUGCCCAUUUAUUGUCCUUAACAAGUCUAUAGUAAAAGAUUUGAUGACCUAUUGUUUAAUGAAGGCUAUGGUCUUUGAAAGUAUGGAAUCGCAGAACAGGAUUUGUGUUGUCAUUUGUCAA